CCCGACCCCGGAUAAGCGGUGGAAAAUGGAUGGAUGGAUGGCUAUAACUAAAAAGUCUAUAAUCUGCGUUCUAGAAUCUGCGUUCUAUAAUCUGCGAUCAGAAAAAUUGUUGCUCCACAUCCUGCUCCAUCAAAGCCUAAUUUACACUGAAAACUCACUUAAAGGAGUCAACCAAUCAUUAUCCAAUAGCAGGACAGAAUAGAGGAGCCUUUAACUUCAAAGGGCAAAAACACACAUUUGAAGCACAUUUUACAACAUGGCCAAUCUUUUAACUCUAUUAUAUGGUAAACAUUCUAAAGGGCAUAACACACAUACUUUUGCAAUAAACAUAAAAUACAAAAACUGUUAAGAAUACAAAAUGGCUCUUACACUGAGCUUUUAGAAAAUAUCCACUCCUGGCAUCGUGAAUACGACAAAAAUACCAAGGCGGUAAACAAGACCACAUUUGAAGGCAGCAUCUGUCUUUAACUGAGGUUGUUGAGUCUCCUCCGUGUUCUUGUGUGAACCUGUAGUUUUACGCUUUUCACUGAUGUUCUCUUGCAUCUUCCCGUCAUCGCAGUGGAGUAAGAUUCAGCUGAGACUGGGCACACCGAGUCUGGUGCCUGUGCUCCAAGCUUGUGGAAGAAACAUAAGGAGAACUAUUUUAAGCCAGUGGAUGGAGCGGAAAGAUGCCCACCAUCUACUGAUGGAUGUUUCAUUUGCCCAAGAAGAGGAGCCGUCUGGUCAGCUCGGCCCGCUACAAGUUCACCUGUUUGACACAAACACACUAAUCGCAAGAUUUCAAGAUACUCGGGCUGUCCUGGACCUUCAGACGUCCAAGCCGUUCCCUGAGACAUUCUAUCUGGAGCAAAUAUCCAGCUAUCUGAACCACAGCCGGGCUUUGAGCCUGGGCUCCGUCAGCAGCAGGGGCUUUCAGCUGGCCCUCUCCUACUCAGGAACAUGUGUGAUGGUAACAUCCAUCAGACUGUACUACAGGAGGUGCCCUGACACCGUGGCCCACCUGGCCUCGUUCAAUGGGACCGGGGCCGCGUCGGGUCCGUUGACGGGUUCCUGCGUGAAGGGAGCUUUAGAGGUUUUCCCACCUGUUCGAGAGUGUGAUGUGGAUGGAGUUUGGGGUCCACUGCAGGGGGGCUGUACCUGUGAAGUCGGCCAUCAAGUUAUGGAUGACACCUGUCAAGCAUGUAGGAUAGGCUUCUACAAACCAGCCAAUGAGAGUGGAGAAUGCCGGCUGUGCCCGCUGAAUAGCAAGACGCGUGGGGAGGGAUCAGAGAGGUGCGACUGUCUGCAGGGUUUCAGCCGCCUGCCAACUGACCCUGAUGAGCUGGGCUGCACCAAGCCGCCCUCUGCCCCUGUGAAUCUAACGGCCUAUCAUCAUAAUGAAUCUGUGCUGAUGAUGACGUGGGAUCCUCCGCAUGACUGGGGCGGCAGACAGGAAGUGCAGUAUUGCAUCAAGUGUGAGAAGGAAGCGGAUUCUGGCCGCCGGUGGGAGGCAUGUGGGGACGAUGUGGUUUUCCUGCCAGACUCGGCAGGGCUGACCAACACAUCGGUCAGCAUCACAGAACUGAAUUCGCAGCGCAGCUACAGACUCUCGGUGCAAGCUCAGAAUGACGUAUCCACCCUGCGGGGGGUGCCACCUUCAUCCUCCGCCACUGUCACCAUACAUAGAUGGAAAGUUCCACCUGUGGUGAUCACUGUGACCCCGGACUUUAACAUCUCAGAGCACCAAACAGUGCCGGCUCCUCAGUCGAGUCGGCUCUCCAUAUGGCUGACAGUCUGUGUUUUAUUUGGCGUCCUGCUGCUCAUGGCUGUAAUCCCCAUCGUUGUGUGUGUCCUGCGCAGCAACUACACUAAACUCAGGUCUGAACAGGAAGUAGAGCUUUUGCCAAUGAAUGCUGAAUUUUCCUACCGACGUCCACAGGAGGUGGAGGCUGCACCCCAGACGUCCAACUCGGUGGAAGGUGUGGUCCAGCUGUUGGAGGGGCUCAGCGGCAGGCUGCUGGCCAGUCUUAAGGAGGUCCUAGUGGAGAGAAACAAGCUCACCCUGGGCAAGGAGCUUGGCAAAGGAGAGUUUGGCUCAGUCUACGAAGGCGUCUUUACACCGGACGAAGGCGUGGACAUCAAGGUGGCCGUGAAGACCAUGAGAGUUGGAAUCCACAGCCAGGGAGACUUGCAUGAGUUUUUAAAAGAGGCAGAGAUCAUGAAGAACUUUGAUCAUGAAAAUGUGGUCAGACUACUCGGGGUUACUCUACAGAGAGAGCAGGACUCUCCUCUGCCUGUUCCUCUGGUCAUCCUGCCUUACAUGAAACAUGGAGACCUGCGCCGCUUCCUCAUUGCUACACGAUAUGGCGAUAUUCCUAUGUCUGUGCCCCAUCAGAGUCUCCUGCGCUUCAUGAUCGACAUCGCAGCAGGGAUGGACUAUCUGAGCACGCGGGGGUUCCUGCACAGAGACCUGGCUGCACGCAACUGCAUGCUGGGCGACGACCUCAGGGUGUGUGUGGCCGACUUCGGCCUGUCCAAGAAAAUCUACAGCAGCAAUUACUAUCGUCAAAAAGUAGCUACCCGUGUGCCAAUCAAGUGGAUGGCCAUGGAGAGCCUGUCUGAGUCUGUCUACACCACCAAAACUGACGUGUGGUCGUUCGGGGUGACCAUGUGGGAGAUUGUGUCCCGGGGGAGGACUCCCUAUCCUGGAGUUCACAACCACGAGCUGCUGGAGCUACUGGUGUCCGGACACAGGCUCAAACCCCCCGAGGACUGUGACCACAGGCUUUAUGAAGUCAUUCAGAGCUGCUGGGACAAGGAGCCGAGCCGUAGGCCCGACUUCGGGGAACUGGGUGAGAUGCUGAAAGGUCUUCUGUCGGAGCUGCCAGCGCUGGAGGCCAGCCAGGAGGCCGGCUACAUCAACCAUGGCCUGGAGGUCGCUGCUGCUGCUGCCGCUGCCGCUGCCGCCUCUCAGGAUCCUCAAACAGAUUCUGAAAGAAGAUGGGAAAAUGUCUACCAGCCUAGUCCUGUGGGUGCUGCUGCAGCCAGAGAUGACAAUGGGGAAGUAGAGGAUGGCUACCUUAAAUAUAUUGCUGCUGCCGCAGCAGAUAAAGGGGGCAACGAUCACUAAAAACAACUGUUUUUACUAAAUGAAUUGUUGUACCUAAAGUGGACCUCUCAUGAACUGUGUCGACAGAGAGGCAGAGAUGUGUGGUACUAAAUAUGGAAGUUGACAUAGAAUGAGCGACAGGAACUAAAUGUUGUUUUGCACUUUUUAAACUUUUUCUAUAUCUGUUUCAAGAAAGUAUCUGUUACUAGAAAAGAUAUACAAGUUUAUGGAGGUCCAUUCCUUUAUUCUAUGAAAUACAUGAAAAAAGUCAACAAUAUUGUCACAAAGUACACUGAUCUCAUGAAAAUGAUAAAUUGCAAUACAGCAUAAUAGAACAAA